AUGCCGAAUUCACCAACAACACCGUUUCCUCUCUACCUAUUCCCUAGCCUGCCCUUCCGCCGACGCCGAAGCUCGGCCAUCAGCACCUCGACCGCCUCUACGUCUCCGUCUUCAUCUCCACCACAACCAACCUCCUUCCUCACGGCGCGACCAACCUCGCACCUACGCUGCCAGAAGUGUCUUGCCGACCUCAUCCCUGCUUCAUCCAUCAUAAGCAAAGGGUUCACUGGACGUCACGGCCGCGCAUACCUUGUAGGGCCGCCGUCGACAUCGAGCUUCUUGGCUAGUGGGGAUAUAUCGGCGACAGGAUGGAAGGAAGGUGAUUUGCCAAACACAUUGACACACAAGGCUCAUGCUCGUCAACUCGUGACGGGCGCCCAUACUGUAUCUGACAUCAGCUGCCGUAGCUGUGGUAGUGUGUUGGGAUGGAAGUAUGUCGAUGCAGCCGAGGACAGCCAGAAAUACAAGGUCGGCAAGUUCAUACUCGAAACGAAGAGGAUCGUCAAGGGUGCAGAGUGGGAUGAGAGUAUGAAUGAAGAAGACAACGGUAUGGUACCAGACAAGAACGACCAAGACAUUGAGUUCGAUUCUCAGGAUGAAGACGAAUGUGAAGAUCUAUUCAGCGGAAUCUGGACACCUCAGCUUGCAGCUAAGAGAAGGAAGCGCCGUGCCUAUGGUGAUGUUGACCUGACGGCUUGA